AUGCCAGUAUCAAAGAACGAGUCCAUUAUCAUCGUCGGGGCCGGUGUGUUCGGUCUAUCCACCGCGCUCGAGCUUAAGCAGCGCGGGUACACCGACAUCACUGUUCUAGAUCGAUACGCACCGCCGGCCGUGGAUGGAAGCAGUGUGGAUAUCUCACGCAUUAUCAGAAUAGAUUAUGCAGACCCAGUCUAUUGUCAAAUGGCCGCUGAGGCCUACAAGGGCUGGACAACUGAGUUCAAGGAUCAGUACUUCGAAUCGGGAUUCGCACUGCUCUCGGAGACUCCUCACAAUGACUGGAUUGAGAAAUCGGCGGCAACCGUUCGGGCCAAUGGUCGCAACGUGGAAGACCUGCCGGAUGCUACAGCACUACUCAAAUCUUAUCCCAACAUUCAAUCUAACCUUUCGGGCAUGAACGGAUAUCUCAACCGUCUUGGUGGAUGGGCCGACGCUGCCGGGAGCAUUCAGAAACUUGCGUCCAAAUGCAGCGUAGCAGGCAUUUCAAUAAUCAGCGGACCUCGCGGUAGUGUCACGUCACUGUUGCGAGAGGGCUCGCGCGUCGUUGGUGUGAACCUGGUUAGCGGUGGCUCCUUGCGCGCCUCGCAUGUUAUUCUGAGUACGGGCGCCUGGACGAAUCGACUUAUUGAUGUAGCCCAUGCUGCUUCAUCAUCGGGACAGCCUGUAGGCUUCAUUCAACUCAAUGAGGAAGAAGCUCGAUCUCUCGAAAACACGCCAGUGAUGAUCAAUAUGACCACGGGUGUAUUUGUUUUCCCUCCAACCCCAGGGAGCAACAUUCUCAAACUUGCGCGACAUGGAUAUGGAUAUUCCAAUGAAACGACUAUUAAUACUAAUGGAUCCAACCGAACCAUUUCAUCUCCCAAAUUCGACAGUAGCAACUCUCAGACGGGAUACAUUCCCGGUGAUGCCGAUGCAGACCUGCGCAAUGGCCUGCGCCAGUUCUUCCCGAAGUUUGCCGACCGCCCGUGGAUGAAUCGCCGUCUCUGCUGGUAUACCGAUACUCCCAAGGGCGACUUUAUCAUCGAUAAUCACCCGACACUGCAAGGUCUCUUUGUGGCCACUGGUGGUGCUGGACAGUAA